AUGGAUAAUCAUAAAUUAUUUGUUGGUAAUAUGGCAGCACGUAUAACACAACGUGAUCUUUGGCGAUUUUUUUCAUCAUAUGGUCUUAUCGAUGAAUGUGCUAAAUUUCAUGAAUCUUAUGCAUUUAUACGUUUUGUUCAUGCUGAUGAUGCACAACGAGCACGUCAAGAAACACAUGGAGCUAUGUUAAAAGGACGAAAACUUAAAGUUGAAUUUGCUGCAAACGUACAUAAAAAUAAUUCAUCAUCAUCAAGGAAUCAACAAAAAUAUUUAUAUAUUGAACCAUUACGUCGAACUGUAAAUACGCCGUCACCAACAAUAUCAUCACCAAUAAUAAUCGAUAAUAAAAAAAUACAUAAUAGAAUAUUCUCUACAAAUUUAUCGAAUAAUGAAGAAUUUCUUACACCUGAUUUAUUACGUUUGGCUGGAAUUCAAUCAUCAACACCAGAUAAUGGUUAUGAAACAAAUUCUUCAUCAAUAUUGAACAGUAAUUGUGAUUCACGUUUUUUUCCUCUUUCAAUUCAUCAACAUAAUGUUUAUUCAAAUGUCUUAUCGAAUCAAAGCAAUCGCCAAAAUGAAGAUAUUCAUUUAAUAUCAUUAGAUUUUGCUCGUAUACGUUUAUUUUCCGAUGUAUCGUCCGGAUUUGGUGAUGAUUCAAAUUCAUUUAUCGAAUAA